AACUAAUCACCGUGCCACUCUGUAACGAAUUAUCUUAUUGUCCUCAGGUGAGUCAAUUAGCGCGUAAAGAACGCAGCCUGCCUGCCUGCCUGCCUGCCCGGGCGCACAUUCCGUCAUCUCCGUCUGCACAAGUUUUUCCCGCCGGUUUUAGUUUUUCCACUAGCGUCUUAGAGGACGCACGUGUGCCGGGUUUGUUCCAGCGAGCUCCGCUCGUUUGCGAAAAUGAGCGGGAACAGGAGAAAGUUGUCCUUCCUCGGUUUUUCACCACAAGUGAACGAAGAUGAAGUGUUGCUGGAUGAGGAGAUGGAACGUGUGCUGUGGAACGAAGAUCAUGAGAGUCCAUCCCAGAGGUUCCCGUGCCGUGGCGACGUGGAGCCGAUCCUAGAUAUAGCGGCCCCGCGAACCAACGGUCACCAAUAUAGUGAGUCAACCAGAUCUAGUAUAGAUCGUAUUCUUAUAAGUAUAAUAUAUUUAUUUCUGCAUAAAUAUGGAAGGUACAAGAUGGUACAAUUUAUUUUCUAGUUACCAGACAUAUUUUACAUAAACUAGCAUGCAGAAGAAAUUAUAAAAGUUAAGGAAUUACAAUACUAAUGAUAAUAUUAAUAAAAUCUCAAUUAAAUUUCAUCAACAUAAAAGUAAGAUUUAAAAAAUAUCAUAUAUACAACACAAUAAUAAUAGUUUUAAUAAUUCAUAAUUUUGAGAUAAUAUGUCUACAUUUAUAUUCAAAAUAUUCCUUUAAGCUGUAAAAACAUUUCGCCGUAAGCCAUUCUUAUAACUCAGACUUGAAUAUACUAAGCCUGUCGUUUUUAGAUUUUAUUGGCAUUAAAAAAUUUAAUUGCCAUAGGAUAAGUACUUUUUUGCCACAUUUCCGUUUUUAUCAAAGGUAGCUGCAAUUUGUUUGGAUAUCUAGUAAAAAUUAAUAUGCGCUAAAUAGAGCAGAAUAUUAAACAUAAAACAUUGCAAGAUGAUCAAUCCUCAGUUGAGUCACAAGAUUUCAUCGGUCUAACUGGACACGACAGUCAGCCCAUACCAGAUCACCAAGCACCAAGUGCUUCGCGAUCAGCAACGGGGAACCUAAAAGAGGGUGAGACAGAAGACAAGCGGGUGCAGUUCGAUGCGCACAGACAGACAGAUGAGAGCGGCACGGAUGGUCGAACAGACCACAGUGAAGAUUUGUAUUUGGAGGCGGCGAGAUUACAACACAGACACGAGUGA